GGAAUCCGAAUCCGACAGGAGCAUAGAGUCACAAGAUAUUGUUCCGCAAGAAUUGCCACGCUCGCCCUCGGGGGAUGAUGUGACCGAUGUAGCUCCCAAGAAGCGGGUAGUUGUGGUGUAUGAGGGCGACGAAGGCUGGCACCCCCCUAAGUAUAUCAGGGCACAGUGAGGCUGGAGAGAGCCGCGAUCUCCUCGCAGAAUACCCAGAUGACACAGAAGAAAUAGAGCUUCUGCACUCUCGAAUUUCAUCCGUGAAAGCUCUACGUCUUCCCCGAUUUGCCACCCACCUUAAAUCACUGUGCCUCCGUCAAAACGCACUCACGGAGUUGGACCCCAACGAAUUUGGCGCCCUGACUGAGCUGGAGGCGCUGGAUGUCUACGACAAUCAGAUAAAGGACUUGGGGAUGGCAUUGAAGAAUCUGAACAAAUUGCAAUCCUUGGAUGUGUCUUUUAAUCUUCUUAGAUCAAUCCCGGAAGUUAUACAGUACCUCACAUCCCUCGAUACUGUAUAUUUUGUGCAGAACAAAAUAACAAACAUCGACGGGCUGAGCAAUGUCGGACGGACAUUACGCAGCCUCGAGCUAGGAGGAAAUCGCAUACGGACAAUAGAGAAUUUGGAAGCCCUAGUGAAUCUCGAAGAAUUAUGGCUAGGAAAGAACAAGAUAGCCAGAUUCGAGAAUCUAGGAACUUUGAAGAAGCUCAAGAUACUCUCUAUCCAAUCCAACCGCAUCACAAAGCUCGAAAACUUAGAGGGACUUGAAGAUCUUGAGCAGCUCUACCUCAGUCAUAACGGUGUCCAGCGAAUCGAAGGCCUCGAGAAAAACCUAAAACUCAAGACUCUGGAUCUGGGCAACAACCAAGUGACCGAGCUCGAGAACCUGUCGCAUCUUCAAGGACUUGAGGAACUUUGGAUAAACGAUAACCAGAUACCUGAUCUCCGUGCUCUCCAGCGUGAACUUGGCAAGACAGCUACUCUCGAAACGAUCUAUCUUGAGGGAAAUCCCUGUCAGCGUAACGACCAGGGAGGGUACAGGCGCAAGGUCAUUCUUUCUCUCCCACAAGUAACGCAAGUGGACGCAACGUAUGUCAAACCGAUACCGUUGGAUUGAGCACAGGUGUUUCGCGACAGUGCCAACGCUUCUUUGAAGCUAAUUUGUCAAUCGAACCACCGGUUGUACAAGCUUUUCUCGAUCGAGUAAGGAUGCACAAUUUUCAUUUCGUGACCGAUCGAUCGCUUGUUGGGGCCGUAUUGCAUCUCCUGGCGGAGUCUAUUGGCGGUCAAGA